GCAGCAAGCACAUUCGCGUCGAGUGCCCGGUGUGCACUAGCGCUCGGGGCUGAUUUCGAUGUCCGCUGUCCCGCUGCCACCCAGCAUUUUCAGCAAGUCGGUCGUGAUUGCGGCGAUGAAAGUUACGGACUUUCCCUGGACGAGUGUGGUGCACGGACUCACCGGGCGUCCCGUUGCGACAGCGGAACCCCAAGUGGUCAGCAACUCCUCUAGGGUUCGCGGCGUUGGUCUUGAAGAGAGCAGUGCGUAGUAUGCCCGUUUGCAUCACGCCCUUUCAGGCUGCCGAAGGAUCGGACACUCUGAAACCGUCCGGUGUUACCAGCACAUUUGUGUUGGGGUGUGUUACACUGAAAACAUUUCUAAGUCACAAAGACUGGCAUACACAGCUCUGCACGCGCAUACGUUCUGCAUGCGCAGCAGAAAGACAGCUUCCGCGACCCGUAACAUACGGUUCUGCCUGUCGCUGUCGGAUGUCCGCCACCCUGCACCCUGUCAUUGUGUUUUGUGUUGCCCCAAAAAGCCGUUUUUACUACAGACCUCAAGUCAUUGGACCUGUGAUAUCAUGUGCGUGUUCCGGUUAUAGUUUUCAGUAACCUAAAACGAAGCUUCAAGUACCGAGCAGUCGCCAGCCACAAGCCAGAUGGUCGGCCGCCGCAUGUCGCCGCCCGGCCGUGAUAUGAGGCCCAUACCCCCGGCCAGAGGGGAGCACUAUCCGCCAGCGUAUCCGGAUCGUGAACGCAUGAAGAGAGACUUUCGCAAGCCGUCUCCUGACAUGCACCGCAGAAGUCGGUCGGUAAGCCCGCCGCCCAAGAAGCGCCACCCGCCGUCGCCGGGGUACCGCGGCGGAGGCAGCCCGCCCAUGCGGCGGCGCCGCUCCUUCACGCCGCCGCCGCCGAUGCGCAGGUCGCGCUCCCGCUCUCCCCGCAAACAGAGAGCCAGCAGUCCCCGUGGGUCCCAUCGCGUGGCAAGUGAUGCGCGCAGAAGCUUGGACGGCCAUCCGGAUGAUUUCUUUGGUCCAUGGGGUACUCGGAUUGCUGUUCACGACUUAAAGAAGAUAACAGUGGAUAUCAAGCGGAACUUGCCAAAAGGCAAAAGGAGCAGUUCUCCUAUAAUAAGAAGGAUUAUCAAUGCGGACGACAUUGUUCUAUACCGCAGAACGGGUGAGGGCUCGCGUCCGCUGCUGGACCGGCCGGAACUGCGCAGCGCCAUCAACCGGCGCUUCGAUGACGCUGCUCCUGGGCCGAAUGAGCCGCGCGUGGUGGCCAUUAUCCGGGAGCCGGGCCAGGCGACAGGCGACCGCCGGGAGGGGAGUUCCUUUGAUCGUCCAUCACGAUCCCGUGAGCGUGGUUUUGAACCACCGAUGGACAACCAACCCGCCGCCCCUGUGGGCGACCGGAUUGAAAGAGACCGGUCCGAGCGCACCCAGCGGCAAGUAGAGAAACUAGAGCAAAUGGAGGUGGCCAUUGACAGGAAAUUGGAACAGAUUCAGCGCUACGAGAGAAAGUAUGAGGAGACCAUGCGAGAUGAGAAGUAUGGGGAGCCCUCCGGCAAAGAUGACCGCAAACUGGUGGACCGCAGCGUUAGGGACCGGCUGGGCCCCAAGCGCCCGAGAGACGAUUACGUCGAGGACCACCGGCUGCCAGACUUCUCCCAGCGUCCCAACAAGCCGCCGAUCUGGGGCGAGGAUCCGCCGAUGAGGAGGGAUUACUACUCGCACGAGAACCGGGACAACGGCUACCGCGGCCGCGGCCGUGGCACCUUCAGACCCAGAGGACGCGCCAGGGGACGAGGUCACAUGUCGCCGAUGUCUUGGCAACACGACAAGUACGAGGCGUACUGAAGCCGGCCAGCCGGGCGACGCGGGGCCGCCGGCUCCUGCGGGGAAGACCGUCGAUUGCCUCGGGCGCGCCAGACGGCUUCUAUGAUGUGACAUGUCGUUUAGUGUACGUCGCAGUUCGUUCGCGUGAAAUUCAAGCGCACGGCGACCCGUGUGCCUGCGUUAUUUUCUCGACACCAGCCAGUCACCAGACAUCAGGCUAACGCCAUUGCCUCUCUCGAUAAUACAUCCAUCUAACCGCCUGAA